ACACACCUCGACGAUGCAUGUUUCGAUGAAGUAUCCGUUUAUUCUUUAUCUAUCAUCUUUUGUCGAGGGGGAAAAGCUGAUCUUGUUCUUGACGUAAUAUUGAUAACAUAGAUGUACGCGAUCAGUCAUACAGCUGUCUCACGGUCACAUGUUCGUCGCGUUUACCUUCCGCAGAGAUUGAGCAAUAUAGAAGGCAUGGGGGAUUGGAAACCCGUGGUGUGAAACGAAGAUCAAAGAUCGAACAUUAUCAAGGCAUCCUAAGUCCCCUAAACGGGGGUACUGGCUCCGAUACAAAAUCAGUCGUUCGACGACCACCACUGUGUACGUCACAUUGUGAUUGGUUGUCCCUCGUGUUCUUUCCUCUUCCCUCCGUUCUUCCAUGAACAUAACACGGCACAUUAGAGGCAUCGGUAUAAGUACCCCACACAUUUCAUCGUUCUUGAUUCUUGAAUAGUGAUAAUUUCCUCUCACGAUCGCGGUAGGAAUACGGAACUGUCGGUCGACCGGAAUCGACGAAUUGGUUUGAAGGAAGACCGGGAAAAGGCCAGGAUACAUGGUGGCAUUAGAAGCAUAUAGAAGUGUCAUUAAAUCGCAUCAAAACAACUCCUCUUACAGUACCGGAAGUGCGUAUCUCUUGGAACUAAGAGGCAACAGGAAUUUGCCACCAUGAUCGUGGAGGAUAAACAGGAAAUGGAAGGCUUCUGGAUUAUCGGAGCGAUCAACGCGAUCAAGGCGCUUUCGUACGUGUACGACCUGCUGACGUUCCCCGUUUACCUCAUUCUCCAACGACCUUGGGAGAAACGGAAGGCGUCGAGGCGAGUCAAGGCGCGGGCGGUCGCCAAGGAUGAGCACAGCGUCAUCUACAGGAGCGUUGACUCCCCGGGGCCCAUGCACGUUGCCCUCAAGCGUGAAAAGAUCGACACCCUCGUGAAAAUGUUGUCCUGGGUCUCGAAACUCCACGGGGAUAAAAGGUGCCUCGGUACCAGGCAGAUCCUCGCCGACGAGGACGAGCUUCAGCCCAAUGGUAGAAUAUUUAAAAAGUACAGAAUGGGAGAGUACAAAUGGAAAUCCUAUGUAGAUGUGGACAGGCUCACAGUCUCCUUCAGUCGUGGUUUGAGGGAAUUGGGGCUUACGGUACGCAAGAAUAUUGUGAUUUUCGCGGAGACCAGGGCGGAGUGGAUGAUAGCAGCCUAUGGAUGCUUUAGACAGAAUUUAACUGUAGUCACGAUUUAUGCUACUUUGGGCGACGAUGCUAUCGCUCAUGGUAUCAAUGAAACGGAAGUAGACACUGUCAUCACCAGCCAUGAUUUAUUGCCGAAGUUCAAACGGCUCCUGGAAAAGGUGCCCGUCGUUAAAACGGUGAUUUAUAUGGAGGAUCAGCUGAAACCUACGGACACAACUGGUUACAAGGAUGGCGUGAGACUUAUACCAUACUCUGACGUAAUUAAAAAAGGCAAUACAUCAACAGCAUCCAUGGAAUUACCACAAACAGAAGACACAGCGAUUAUAAUGUACACGUCUGGUUCCACUGGAGUGCCGAAAGGUGUUCUCCUGUCUCACUCGAAUAUAAUUUACACACUUCAGGCUUUCUGCGAUGCCGUGGAAAUAAGAUCAGAUGACGUCUUUCUUGGAUUUUUACCUUUAGCCCACGUUUUCGAACUUCUCGCUGAAAGCGUAUGUCUUCUAACUGGUGUGCCUAUUGGAUACAGUUCGCCCCUUACUAUGAUCGAUUCCAGUAGCAAAAUUCAAAGGGGAUCCAAGGGCGACGCGUCUGUUUUACACCCCACCUGUUUAACUUCCGUUCCACUUAUCCUCGACCGUAUCUCGAAAGGAAUAAACGAGAAAGUAAAGAAAUCGGGUCUGUUUAGACAAGCGAUCUUCAACUUUGCCUACGAGUACAAAUUGAAAUGGACAAAACGUGGUUACGAAACGCCACUUUUUGACAAAUUUAUCUUUGGAGCUGCGAGGCAAGUUCUCGGUGGACGAGUCAGACUUAUACUCUGCGGUGGUGCACCUUUGUCCCCGGACACCCAUACCCAAGUCAAAAUUUGUCUUUGCGUUACCGUCACGCAGGGAUACGGUCUCACGGAAACAACCUCGUGUGCUACUGUUAUGGAUGCACACGACAGAAGUACGGGAAGGGUAGGAGCCCCAACGACAGUUUGCGACAUUCGUCUGGAAAAUUGGGAAGAGGCGGGUUACAGGGUGACAGAUAAACCUUAUCCUAGAGGUGAGAUCCUUAUUGGAGGGAAAAAUGUUUCCGCUGGUUAUUACAAAUUACCAGAGAAGACGAAGGAAGACUUCUUCGAGGAAGACGGAAGGCAAUGGUUCAGAACGGGUGACAUUGGAGAAUGCCACGAAGACGGGUGCAUAAAGAUUAUCGACCGAAAGAAAGAUCUAGUGAAGCUGCAACUUGGUGAGUACGUGUCCCUGGGGAAAGUGGAGGCGGAAUUGAAGACGUCUCCGGUCGUGGAGAAUAUUUGUGUCUACGGAGAUGCGCAUAAGACCCACACGGUAGCAUUAGUGGUACCUAAUCAUUAUUACCUUGAAGAGAUUGCCAAGAACCACGGUAUUACUAACAAAACUUUCGAGGAAUUGUGCGAAGACCCACAAGUAGAGAAAGCUAUAUUGCAAGAGCUGAUCGAACAAGCCAAAAAAUGCAAACUCCAGAGAUUCGAGAUUCCUGGCGCUGUGAAGCUGUGCUCGGAACAAUGGUCCCCGGAUACAGGACUAGUGACAGCCGCGUUCAAGCUUAAGAGGAAAGCGGUGCAAGAACGAUAUCAACACGAAAUUAACAGAAUGUACGCUUCGUGAUGUCGCGCGAAGUCUUGUAAGAAGUGUAACGGAUGAAGUGACUUGAAAUUUAAACUUCCACGUCCGACACAAUGGUACCUUUACGUGUGAGUUGUGGGCCGAGGUCGUAACGCCGUCUAUGGAACGCUCCUCAAACUUUGGAACAUCGUGCAUUUGAUCAGUUUUCCUUUUGUGAUCUGCGAAGAAGGCGUCGACCUCCAAUAGCAGGUCUGCUCGAAUGCGCGAAACGCAAUAUAAAUGCAACAUAUAUUAAAAAUUAAAAAUGACUGUC